AGAGAGAGAGAGAGAGAGAAUCAUUUACUAAUGUACACACGGAGUUAGAAACUAAAUUGCCUAAUAAGUGAAUGGCAUAGGGGAAACAAUUAACAGGUUUGAUGGUUGGAGGACUAACCACAUAUUUUUACCUCUCCUUUUCCUUUCUCUCUGUUUUUUUUUUUGUUUUUUUUCGUCUUUCGUUCAGUCAGUAGGUAGCUUUUGAACCCUAACGGCCGCAAAAUCAAACCCCUCCAUCACCACCUGCAUGCCAUGCCAAGUUUGCCAAUAUCUAUAAAUUCCACUCUGAAAUGCCUCGAGAGAUGCAGAUCACUCUCACAACUCAAACAACUUCAUGCUCAAAUCCUUCUCCAUGGCCUCCAUCAGGAAAACUAUGUGGCAGUCAAACUCAUCUCCUUCUGCACCAAAAAAUUGGGCAGUCUGGAUUACUCCAGAGUGAUUUUCAGUACCCUCAAAGACUCUGCAAAUGUUUUCCUCUACACCACCAUGAUAACAUCUUACUCAAACCACCAAUCCCACCUCUCAAAAGAGGCUAUUUUGAUCUAUGAAAUGAUGCAUAGAGAUGGACCUCAUCCGAACAAUUUCACCCUCUCAUCUGUGCUCAAAGCUUGCUCUUUUAUGAAGGCCAUGUAUGAAGGUACUCAAGUUCAUGCUCACUCCACUAAAUUAGGGUUUGAUUCCUCUUUAUAUGUGGCAGCUUCAUUGUUGGAUAUGUAUGCAAAAUUUGGUUGGAUCUUAGAAGCAAGGUUGUUGUUUGAUAGCGUGCGUGAAAGGAAUGCUGUUGUGUAUAAUACCAUGAUUGCAUGUUAUGCAAAGGUUGGUGAUAUUGAAACUGCCCGGCAGGUGUUUGAUAAAAUGCCUGAGAAGGAUUCGAUCUCGUGGAAUAUUGUGAUAUCAGGUUAUGCAAGUAAUGGAAAUACUUCGAUUGCGAGGGAGCUUUUCGAUGAAAUGCUGGAAAGAAACAUCAACUCUUGGAAUGCAAUGAUUGCCGGGUAUUCACGUAUUGGAGAAUGGCGAGAGGCCGUGGACCUUUUUAAAAGCAUGCUUUUGGGAACUGUGAAACCCAAUCAUGCGACUAUGGCCGUUCUGAUGUCAGCUUGUGGUCAUUUGGGCUCGCUGAAACUCGCGAGACAAAUCCAUGGCUUCCUACAAAAAAAUCGCACCGAAAUGAACUUUCAUGUUUAUAAUUCACUAAUCGACAUGUAUGCUAAAUGUGGGAAUGUUGAUGAAGCUUAUCAAGUGUUUGAUGGAAUGCCUAUGAAGGAUGUGGUGUCUUAUAAUGUGAUGAUUUCUGGUCUUGCCAAUCAUGGGCGUGGCCAAGAUGCCCUAAACCUUUUUGCAAAGAUAAUAGGGAAAGGUUUGCGACCUGAUACGUUUACCUUUCUGGGAAUCUUAUCUGCAUGCAACCAUGCUGGUCUUGUUGAUGUAGGUCGCGACUAUUUUGACUGCAUGGUUAAGGUUUAUGCAAUCAAGCCAUCAGCUGACCAUUUUGCUUGUAUGGUUGAUCUUUACGGUCGAGCUGGACUCAUCGAAGAUGCACUAGAGUUCGUAAAAACCAUGUCUGUCGAGCCACAUGCUGGUGUCUGGGGAGCCUUAUUAAAUGCUUGCAGAUCGUUUUGCAACAUCAUAGUCGGUGAACUCGCUGCGAAAGAGAUUCUCACAAUUGAGCCGGGGAAUCCUGGAAAUUAUGUGCUCUUAUCAAAUAUUUAUGCUAAAAACGAUUUAUGGGAUGCUGUUCAAAAUGUUAGGCAGUUAAUGAGGGGAAAAGGGGUGGGUAAAACAAUGGGGUGCAGUUGGAUUGAGGUGGAGAGUGAGUUUCAUGAGUUCUUGAUGGGAGGUGCGAGUCAUCCGAAGUUGGAGGACAUUUCCACAUUAUUAAGGCAUCUUUCUUUACAGCUGUUAUAGGAAGAUGCAUGAUAAAUUCCAACCUUAAUUGCCUUUUCGGCCUUGUAUCUAGAAGCGCUUCUCUACUCCAAGAAGCGUAAAUCUAUUCUUUGGCAGACAAGAAGCUAAAAAUGAGCUUUUGGGACCCAAAAGCAAAGAUUCCAACCUGAAGCAUCUGCUUUUGCGAUACUGAGAAGCUAUAAAGGAGAUUCAAUGAAACAAACGUGCAAUUGUCAAAUCAUUUUUGCGGAAGCUCUUGCUAGGCCAUCCAAGCACUAAAUCUGAUCAACCAUAGAGAUGAACGAGUCAUCAGUCAGGCGCAACCUCAUUCAAGUUGAUUCAAAAGAGAAGGAACUGAAGUUUAAAAGUUCUUAUCCUUUUGAUCGAGGAGCUGCAAAACUGGAGAUUGGCAAAAUGGCUAAGGCCAAAUAGUGUUCAGCUGUUCUACUGGAUUUGUGAUAUGGUGAGCUUUCUAGAUUUUAUUUUCAAGCCAAGAGUAGCUGAGGCUUCCUGUUUCACCAAUGAAGAGCUUAACUGAAUGUGGUGCACUCUGUUCUAAUGGCUGUGAUUGAGAGAAGGCAAAAAUGUGUAGAGACCCCCUCAACUAUAGGCUAUUCUGAAAUAGACACCUCAACUUCUUUUUUUCUGUUUUUUUUUUUAUUCAGACCCCUCAACUUAUAUUAAAUGAUUUUAGUCAAAAAAAUUUGAGGUGUUCAUAAAAUUCACCGGUAAUUUUACAAAAUUUAAUAACUUGCAAUCACUUUUUAAUAACGAAAAGUAGGUCAGUUAUUAAAUUUGAUAGAAAUUUUCACCUAACUAGGUUUGACAGUGCAAAUGAAAAAAAAAAAAUGUUUUGGAGUGGCCUCGAAAAAGCUAAGGGGGUCUCCAUACACGUAGAAACCAAGAGUUUUUAAAUGUAAUUUUCAAAAUCUGUCUAGCUGAAUACUUUUAAUGAAAUAAAAUCGUCACUUUCAAGGUCUGGCAGUGUUGUAAGCUAUGAGAGAAACUUGUGUGUGCGAUUUUGCAUGAUAAAGUGAUGUUUUGUGAUAAAAAUGUGCGAGAGCGCAACCGAUAAAACAGAGUUUUAUGCCAAAAAAAAAAUAAAUUAUUGCAUGUGCCCAAUUGUGAUAUUUUGCAGCUGGAAAGACUAAUAUGCAAAAUACAGAUGUGAGAGAGCUUUGAGCAAGAAACUCAAAACGAAAGGGGCUACAUCACAAUUGUAACAAUAGGAGAUAAUGAAACCCUGGCUCACUCUCUUUUUCUCUUCUCCCUCUUCCUCCUCCAGCCAUAAUCCACCUCCACUGAGGUCACUGACGCGCCACCUAGCUCCGGCAGCUUCUCUACUGGCAAGGAACUCCGGCCAACUCCUUUUCUCUCUUUCCUCCUCUCUCUGCGGCCGCCGCCUCCCUGGCCACCCCUCCGACCGAUCGGACCACCUCGCCCGGCCCAAGCGGAGCUCAAGCCUUAUGCACCCUUGCUACUCUCUUUGUGGCUGGCUGAGGGCUCCCCAGACUCGAGCUCGCUUCUCUGGCUAUCCCAGCCGCCGGCGAGGCUCCAGCGAUGGAGCACCACCCCCCUGAGUGCUCCCCCAUACUCGCGCUCCCCUUUGGUGCGGUCCGAUCAGCCUCCCUGUGCUGAUUGGGCUGCGGCGCUCCCGGAGCCUCCCCAUUUCACCGACAAUUGUUGCUUUUCCAUCUUUGGCGGCAGCUGUCGUUGCCUCAGAUCUAAAGCACGAUGCCUAGAAAGCUUGGUGUCAACUUCUCUAUGCUGUUUGUCGGCUUCCUAGCCGUGGAACUUUUAGUUACGAGCUCAAACUCGACUUCUAUAGUGAAUAGUGUAAUAGUAUUGUGGAUAUCAAACUUUUUGAUGCUUUUGCAUUGCAUGCAGCCUUGGGCACCAUCGAUUACGCAUAUUUUAAUUUGACCCUUGGACUGGUUAUUCAAGGCCCAAAAAUCACUUUGGGAUAGAAAUGGGAUUUUUCGGCGCUUAUAACCUUGAAAUUAGUCGUUAUAAUGCAAUUUCAGUUUAAAAUU